CCCAAGCAAGUACUAAAGAACCCACUACUCUUCUCCUCGCACAAAAACAUAGUAGCCUCUUCUCCUUCCUCCUCUUCUCAAUCUCUCUCCCUUUCCCUCUCUCACUAAAAGAAACGAUUUUUAAUCUCGCCAAUGGAUCCUGGAGAUCCCACUUCCAUACUCUUCACAAAGAUCCGAACUUUAGAACCGGACUUCGCCUCCAAAAUCAUAGGCUACUUGCUCUUACAGGACUUGGGCAAGAGAGACUUGAUGCGUCUUGCUCUUGGACCAGACACUCUCUUGCAGUCCGUUUGUCUCAAAGCUAAGUCCGCUUUGGGUCUCUCCUCGAACGGAUCUUCUUCUUCUGGCACGACGACGCCGUUGAACCCUAUCUCGAGACCCAUUAACAUCCACCGCCAUUCUCCGAGGAAUGGCCCGUUUAUGGAGUUCUCGAGGAGCCCUUCCUUGAACAACACUCCUGGGAGUAACAACCCUAACGUGGGUUCGAGUCCGUUUCAAGCAAGUUCCUCUCUUUUCGCUUCAGAUGGUGGUGGUGACGAUUUAGUCGAUGAGGGGCAACUCGGUAACUACUUGUCCUUCCUCAACGAGUCUUCUUCUAAGAACAACAACAACAACGACGAAAACACGGAUCUGUUCGGGUUCUCGGGUGAUAAUGACGAUGCCCAUUUGCAUAAGAGGAGUUUCUCAGCAAGCGAUGUUUGUUUCGGGUCACAGGAACCCGGUUAUGGCGGUUACUGUCGGUUUCCUGGUUUAGGAGAUGAUUUCGAGUCUCCUGGCGGUGGGUUUGGUUCUCCGGAUUUCAGACAGCAAGAGGAGAUAGCGAGGAUGAACCUGGCUCAACGGCAGCGAAUGGCCGCUGCACAGUUCUUGGCGGCUAGUGGUGGCUCACCAAUGUCGUAUGAUAAAGGCAUUAAUUUUCUCUUGGGUUCGCGUAACGCUCAUCAUAGAUCAGGAGGAGCAGGACAGUUUGGGGAUGAGGGUUACUGGUUUGGUAGUCCAGGGCGACAUGAAAGAGAGGAGUUUAUGGGGAUGGGAGAUAAAUCAAACUCUGCAUCUAAGCAGAUUUACUUGACAUUUCCAGCUGACAGCUCCUUCACAGAUGAAGAUGUCUCCAAUUACUUCGGCAAUUUUGGACCAGUGCAGGAUGUUAGGAUUCCAUACCAGCAGAAACGGAUGUUUGGGUUUGUCACUUUUGUCCACUCUGAGACUGUGAGAAUCAUAUUGGCCAGAGGAAACCCACAUUUCAUCUGCGACUCACGCGUGCUUGUUAAACCCUACAAAGAGAAAGGAAGAAUCCUUGAAAAUAGGAGGCAGCAGCAACAACUGAUGCAGCAGAUGGAGAGAGGGAACUUUUCUCCUGGUUCAAGUCCAUCUGGAAUGGACGCAAGGGAUCUCUUUGAUUGCCACUUCGGACCGAGGAUGUUUUCUAGCACACAAGAGAUGAUGAGGAGAAAAGCUGAGCAAGCUGACUUACAACAAGCAUUAGAAUUCCAAAGGAGAAGACUUCUCAAUCUCCAGUUACCCGACUUGGAUAGCGAGUCGUUUCACCAUCACCAGCGCAGUCUUUCUAUUGGCUCCCCUGUUCAUUACCCCGCCCGCGUCAAUCAAAGCAUGCUCUUUGGUGAAGAAGGUAAUGGUGAUUCAGGACAUUUUCAGUCUGAAGCAAACCGUGCUUUUCUGUCUGAUUCUGAUAAUAACAAGAGCCACGAAGGUGGUUACGCUAACCAUUUCCACAAAGGGCAAGAGACAAGUCUGGAGAACGCUCUGCCUGAUUGCUUCUUUGCUUCCCCAUCAAAGACCGGUGAAACCCAAGAACAGUCCGAGUCUGAGAAUGAGAACUGUGCUACUGUGGAAAGUAAGCCAGCCUCAACACUUCAAUCAGCUUAGCUUAGCUAUAUUGAAAAGUAGAGACUGAUAAAAAACAGGAAGUAGAAGAAGAACUUUGUCUAUAUGUAGAAGAAGCUAAAGUGGUGGAACAGAAAAGAAAGAGUAGAGAGUUAACGAGUUAGGAUUUUUUACAUAUCUCUAUUAAAAAAGGACGGCGGUUAUGGAAAUGCCAAUAUGCAAUAGAAUUACAACUAAGUACUAACCUCAGACAGUGCAUUGAUAGGCAGAAGAACAACACAGUUACUCAAACCUCAAGUUUUAAGUUUUUUCGUCUGUUCAUUGAUGAUGAUUGAUUGUUUAACCU